AUGGGCGAGGAGCAGAGCACGGUGAGCGGCGGCGGCGGCGGGCCCCAGGAGGCGCGGGCCCCGGCCGGGGGCGUCACGGCUGUCCGGGGGCCCCCGAGCCCGCGGGGGGACAGCGCCGGGGCGCCCGGGCUGCGCGCCGACCCCGAGGAGCCGAGCGGCGGCGCCCCGGGCAGCGCGGACGCGAGCGCCGCGGCGUCCCCGAGCAGCCUCCGAGGGCCCCUCGACUCCCAGGCGCUGGCACUGCAGCCCGGGCCGGACGAGGACGCCGGCCGCCCGCCGCUGCGAGGGCACGGACGGCGGGACGAGCCGCCCGAGGCCCGGCCCCGCGCCGCGGCCCCCGACGGGCUGCUCCUGGACGUGCUGGGGCCGCGGCGCCCGCACCCCGCCAAGAGGCCGGUCUUCUGCUCCGUGUACUGCGUGGAGAGCGACCUGCCCGAGGAGGCGCCCUCCCCCGAGCCGCCGCCGCCGCCGGCGCCCGACCCGGCUGGCCCCCCGUCCUCCUUCCCCAGCCCGCCGCCGUCGCUCCCCGCGGACCCUCUCUCCCCCGACGGCGGCAGCAUCGAGCUGGAGUUCUACCUGGCGCCGGAGCCCUUCUCCGUGCCCGGCCUGUUGGGAGCGCCACCCUACUCCGGCCUGGGCGGGGUAGGGGAUCCCUAUGCGCCCCUCAUGGUGCUCAUGUGCCGGGUGUGCCUGGAAGACAAGCCCAUCAAGCCCCUGCCCUGCUGCAAGAAGGCCGUGUGCGAGGAGUGCCUCAAAGUCUACCUGAGCUCCCAGGUACAACUUGGCCAAGUAGAAAUAAAAUGCCCCAUCACAGAGUGUUUUGAAUUCCUGGAAGAAACAACGGUUGUCUACAACUUAACUCAUGAAGAUUCCAUCAAGUACAAGUACUUCUUGGAACUUGGCCGUAUCGAUUCCAGCACCAAGCCCUGUCCUCAGUGCAAGCACUUUACAACCUUUAAGAAAAAAGGACAUAUCCCCACCCCUUCCAGAUCGGAGAGCAGAUACAAAAUCCAGUGUCCCACUUGCCAAUUCAUCUGGUGUUUUAAGUGCCACUCUCCUUGGCAUGAAGGCGUUAACUGCAAGGAGUACAAAAAGGGAGACAAAUUAUUGCGUCACUGGGCCAGUGAAAUUGAACAUGGACAGAGGAAUGCCCAGAAGUGUCCAAAGUGCAAGAUCCAUAUCCAGAGAACAGAAGGAUGUGAUCAUAUGACCUGUUCACAAUGUAACACUAAUUUUUGUUAUCGAUGUGGGGAGAGAUACCGCCAGCUCCGAUUUUUUGGAGACCACACAUCAAACCUCAGUAUAUUUGGAUGCAAAUAUCGCUACCUCCCAGAGAGACCUCAUUUAAGGAGAUUAGUGCGAGGCUCAGUCUGUGCUGGAAAAUUAUUCAUUGCACCUCUAAUCCUGGUUUUGGGAUUAGCACUAGGGGCCAUAGCAGUUGUAAUCGGUUUAUUUGUGUUUCCUAUAUAUUGCCUUUGUAAAAAACAAAGAAAACGGUCACGGACAGGUAUGCACUGGUAAUACACAGAUUUCACACGAUGGAAGCUGGUCCCGAGGAGCUAUGCAGGAUGGUACACCUUCUGGGAGUUGUGUCAUUCAAAACAUGGAGAAAAACUUCUGUUAUCUUGUCUCCUGUGGUUCUCGGUGGACCACAAUGCCUCUAGCUAUGGUGCACUCCCAACAUGGUAUCCUGUACUUUCCCUAAACAAGUUGCUGCUUUUAAGAAAUGGUCACUUUCGUAAAUUAUAAACAUCUGUAUUGUAACUCUGAACUUCGUGGUUCUUGGAAGAAAACAUUUUAAUUAAGAACCAGGUAUCCUAAGAAUUGUUCUGAGUAUGCCUCUUCUGAGCAUUGCUUGGAUUGUCUGACCCCUGGGCCUCCCUCCAGCCUGUCUGUGAGACCUGGUGUGAAUAGCUGAUGUCCUGUCUUUCCCAAAGAGCAGGGCCACAUCUUAGAAGACAAAUACAAGCUCACCGCAUGCACCUGAUUUUAUCUGUGGUCCAACCAGAGUCUUCUUUUGUCCUUUGGAUAGUAUGAUGGCUAAAAAAUAAUCUGUGCCCAAAAGGGAACCAGUGAGCCUCAGUGAGUGAGAAGAAUCACGAGUUACUGAUGUGUGGUAUGUGCAGGAUGUGAGUGUGUGUAUAUAAAGGCACAUUAUAACCAAGCUCCAUAACCUUGUACUUACCUAUUUCCAUAUCUCUAUUCUAUUUUUCCACAUUUUCAUAGACCACCUUCCAUGACGAUGGUUCUUUAGUGGGCAUAAUUUGAUAAUGUGCUGAAUUAAAGUCAAUGUCGAGAACAGGAUAUUUUGAUGUUGGCCCUUCUCUUUUUUGAUCUUCUUUUCUGUCACACACACACACACAAAAAAAAUUUGUGCAAUGUUACCUAAGGAGAUAUGAAACUUUGGAAACAAAUACCUGAAAGGAUGCCUAAAUUAAAUUCUCAAAAAAGUUACUGUCCUUUCAGAUUUCUUUAAUUUUGCCAUGUAUUCUUCACUGUGUAGAUAAAUCCUUUACCUGAAGUUACAUAAUCUAAACAUCUAAUUUCCUUUAAAGAGAAUUGCUUAAGUCUUUACAUGAAUUUCCAUUCUGCUUAUUAUUUAAUUGACAACUUAUAAUUUAUAAACAAUCCUACUUUACAGGGUUUUAAAUUAUUUAAUGUUUCACCCCUUUCAUCUUUUCUCUAUUUUUUUAUUUGUCCCACGUUUCUCAUAAAAAAAAGAGUGAUCAUUUGAAGGACUUCGCUUAUGUUUACUUCUCAAAUGCAUAAUUUGUUGUUACCUACUCAGUGGUAAUUUGAAACAAACCUUUUUAUAUUCAUUGUUGGAUCUAUAUUAUAAACUGCUUUUGUAGAUGAAAACAAUAUUUUCAGGAAGAUUUCCAAGAUAAGAAGUUUGAAAAUAAGAAACUGGGAAUUAUCUAACCAGUUCCAUUUCUUUGUUUUCAUCUCAAAAGUUUAUCAACAGAAAGAAAAGGAUCCCUAAGAAGUCUAAAAUUUCCAGUUGCCUCAAAAUUAACAUUUACCAUAGAUGUAGCAUUUAUUUCUCAGCAGCGUUGUUUUUCUUUUAAGUAGAUUAUAUGAAGAAACAUGGCUAAUUUGUCUUUGUUGAGCUCCAGAAUAUAAGAAUAUUUAUCAUUUUGCUUGAGCUGUUAAGGAAGUUCGUGAUAGUAGAAAAUGCUUGAAUGGAUAAGUGAACAUGUUCACAUUCUUUCUGUAUGUAAGCUAGCUCUAUAACUCCUGGGCUACAUUGUCUGUAUUUAAAUCGAGCCAUAUGUGACAUUAAUUGCUAUGAAAAGCGUAUUUUAAAGUAAAAUAUGAGGUAAGGAAAAGUUACCCUCGGUUCUUACAAAUUCAUCUUCCCAUGCAUUCAUCCAUCCAUGUGGCAAAUGUCAGCUUGUUAUUUGUUCAGUGUCUGUUUUAGGUGCUCUAGUUUUAGACCAGAAGAAUAGAAUUUCUAGCCCAGAUACAUGUUUCUGUCAUAAAAGUGCUUAAUUUUUGGAAAUUAAUCUUUCCUAAAUUUUGGCAUCAUUUUGGCAAUACAUGAAUUUGACAGGCUUGUAUAUGUAAUGGCGUAUACAUGUAUGUGUAUAUCCUAUAUAAAUAUGUUUGUCAUAUAUAUGCAUACCACCUGAGUGAAAAUAUGUUCUCUGGUCUUCAAUCAUGUAUUUUCUUAGGUUUUUGUAUCUGUUGUCUUGGGCCUACUCAGGGAUUUUUAUUCCAUUCUUUAAAUAAUGUAUCUUUUGCAGGUAUUUUUAUAUGAUUUAAAACUUUUUCAAUAUGCGAGUUAUAAAGAGGUGUUUGUGGUCAGCAAAGGCAAUUUUCUCAGUGACUGGGAGAGUGUGCACUAUAUCACACAGGUGUCUCAUUUUUCUACUGCAUAGAUUUUUUAAAUAAAUGUAUGCAUGGUCCUAUUUUGAAAGCUGA